UUGAACCAAGUGAUCCGGAACUCAAGAACAAAAUCGCAGCAAGCAAAUUUUCUUCCGGGACGUAUUUCAGUGAAGGACCAUUUCCGUUUCCUGUUCACUUGUCAACACAAGCUCCACGCGCGUACUCCUGAGAGCGAGAUGCCGAAGGCCCAGAAGAGCAAAGCUGCGGACAAAGUCGUCCAUCCGUUCAGCAGGAAGGCCGCUUACCUGAACCGGGAGGACGUCCGGCUGAAGCGGAAGGAGAGGAUGAAGAGUGAAAAAGCAACACGCCUGAGCAACAUAGGUGAGAAGCUGCUGUGGUUUCAGAGUCAACUGGAUCCUAACAAGACGAGUUACACCAAGAGAGAUGCCUGUCAGGUUGUUGAAAGGUACCUCCACAGAUUCGACUCGGAGCUCGAGCAGAUCGAGUUGGUGAACGGGAUCAAGGGUCGUCAGGGUCGUCUCCACGGCGCCAGAGAAGCGGCCAUCAAACAGAGCGUAGAGCGAGAGCGGGCGCAGUUUGAGGGCGCUGGGUUGGAGAUCCCAGACAUCAUCAACACCAAGCAUCUGAAAUCAUUCAGAGAUUGGACUGGAGAUCUGAAGAAACUUCCAAACAUAAAAAUGCGAAACGUUUCAAGCAAAGUUUUGGACACAAAGGCUGAGACGGAGGAAAAAGAGGAGGUGGAGCAUGAUAAUGAUGAUGAAGAUGAUGAUAGAAGAGAUGAAGAUGAUGAAGAAGAGGCGCUGGAUGACAACAUGGAGAUGCCAGAGUCUCACUAACACUCACCUCAGUCUGACUGGAUCACGCUGCUCUGCCACGACUGUCCACAAGAUGGUGCUAGACCUUCAGAUUCAGCCGCACCAAACCUUUUCCGUUGGGUUUAAUAACAGCAGCAGCUUUUUGGAUGUUCUACAUUCAUCGUUUAUUGCACAGACAAAAAAAAAAAAAGGUUUUGCAUGUAACCCACGGCGUCUCCAAUCAGAGCUAUGAACAGACUGUGGAUCGAAGACAUAAACACGCUCUGACCCCUGAACUGUGACCUGUGACACUGGAAAUCACAUCUGUAGAAAACUUUAGAAAAUUAAACAUUCAUCUCUUUUUAAGGUUUAGACAAACACGGCUGCAAUCUAACAAAAAAAAAAAAACACCAACAGAUGGCAACUGUAAAACCUCUAAUCAUAUUGACAUUGAAAUCACUGACUGCAGAGUAAGAACCACAAACGACAACAAAACUGCCCUAA